UUUCAGAGCCCUUAUUAGACAUUCUCUGGUAAUUUACAGUAGGCUACACACCCUGGAACGAAAGAAGUUUUUCUGCUGCCCAGAGCAUGCAACGCGGACACGGUCGAGUAUAGGCCUACAGACGUGAUGGCCUCUGAUCCAGAUGGAGAGAAGAAGAGGAGCAGAGCACCCAAAGUGGGCGUGUCUUCAUCUGACUCUGACAGAUGGACACCAGAGGAGGUAGAUGUCCAUAAGAAAUUCCGAUCCACAUUGAAAAGCAAAUUUCAGCAUCUAGUUGAGGGAGUACCUAAUCAGGGAGAAACCAGACUCCUCCAAGAGAUCUUUACAGAGCUCUAUAUCACAGAGGGGGGAAGAGGAAGGGUCAAUGAUGAACAUGAGGUCAGACAGAUAGAGAGAGCAUCCUGGAGACCAUGUGGCAGACCAAUCAAAUGCAGUAACAUCUUUAAACCCUGAUUGGACGAUGAUGAAGCAUCUGAUGUAUCUUCACACAGACAGCACAAACCCAUCAGAACAGUGCUGACAAAGGGAGUGGCUGGCAUUGGGAAAACAGUCUCUGUGCAGAAGUUCAUCCUGGACUGGACUGAAGAUGAAGCCAAUCAGGAUGUCCGCUUCAUAUUUCCUCUUCCUUUCCGAGAGUUAAACCUGAUGAUGGACAAGAAACUUAGUCUGGUGGAACUUAUUCAACACUUUUUUCCAGAAAUAAAAGAUUAAAAAAUCUUCACCAGCUCAAAGCACAGAGUCAUGUUCAUCUUUGAUGGUCUGGAUGAGUGUCGACUUCCUCUAGAUUUCCAUUCCAACCUGAGUUGUUGUGAUGUGACAGAGCCAGUCUCAGUGAACGUGCUGCUGACAAACCUCAUUAAGAAGAAUCUGCUUCCCACUGCUCUCCUCUGGAUCACCACCCGACCAGCAGCAGCCGGUCAAAUCCCUUUUAGAUAUGUGGACCAGGUGACAGAAAUAAGGGGAUUCAAUGACCUACAGAAAGAGGAGUACUUUAAGAAGUACUUUAAUAAAAUAACCAGUAGCGAGAACCUUGCCAGCAGAACCAUCACACACCUGAAGUCAUCCAGGAGCCUCUACAUCAUGUGCCACGUUCCAGUCUUCUGCUGGAUUUCAGCCACUGUCGUCGAGAGAUCAUUUGAAUCAGAAAAAGUAGAAAUGCCAAGAACUCUCACUCAAAUGUACAUUCAGUUCCUGAUAAUUCAGACAAGCAUAAAACAUCUCAAGUACACAGAGAGAAAAGAGACCGAUGAAGAAAUUAUUUCCAACCUGGCAAAAAUGGCCUUCCAACAGCUGGAGAAAGGCAAUCUGAUCUUCUAUGAGGAAUAGGGGUGUCACGAUACCAAAAAAUCAGUAGUCGGUGCCAAUACCAGCAAAAUUACACGAUUCUCGAUGCCAAAUUCGAUACUAUCGUAUAAAAAAAGGAUUUUCUAAAAUCCCAUGUACUUAAUGAAUUUCUUUAAAUAUUUGCAGAAUACUGAAAUAUAAUUUCUACAGUGCAUAACAGAAUACAGUAUCCAAUUGCAAGCAUAUCACAUAGGCUUACACAUAAUUAAUUCAAUCACUUUUCUAAUGGAUUGUAGCCUACUGUAUAAAAACCAACAACUUGCAUCGCCUUUUUAUCGCUUUGCUUUCAUAUAAUGUGAAUGAUUUUUUUUACAAGAUGCAAAGUCUUUAUUUGAAACACACACACAUUCUGUAACUAUUCAUAUAUUCUAUAUACUGAAAUUUCUGAUCUUCAUAACAGCAAACUUUAUGCAGAUUAUAGCCAACUAUUCAUAUUACAACUCCACCUCUUAAAUUCAGCCGUCUGGUUGAAGCCUCAAAAUAUUGUAAACAAAGUAGCAGGCUAUUCUUAUCAUAGCUAGGCUACUCUACUGGUUGGACUGUUCAGUAUCCCCACAUGUGUUUAAGUUUCAAGGUAAGCUACUUUUUCUCCUUGGGACAGGCCCUUUUAAGUCUUGGAGUUGAAAAACAUUGAUAUUGAGAUGGUCAGUCAACUUGAAUGCAAGUUUUAAUCAAAUGUCUGCUGCAUAGCCUGCUAAUGAUGCUAACCGGAUUUUAAACAGCAAUUUAGCUAGUCGUCUUCUGUGCGUCAUUGCGUUCACGAUUGUGAUGUGAAUGUUUUAUUUGGAUUAAAUGUGCAUGUCGUGGGCGGGUGUCCAUUGACCACGCACGAGAGCGGGCCAAGGAGAGUGAGUUUACUUCUACUGUUUGGUAAAGUUGCACGCAUAGUCUACAAACGAUGUGGCAGAAGAACUAUCCACCCGGGCAGCGUCAGGUGCAUCAGUACGACCACGCUUCCAGGAAUGAUUGGUUGGUUUUCAUGGAGACAGACGCUGUGUGCACGGAGGGGACUGUGUGUGUGUGUGUGUGUGCAUGCAUGAGAGACAGAAGCGUGAGUGACAGAGAGGGAGAGCAGGGAAAGGAAAUUCAGCUUAACGAAUGUUGCGUGUUUUUCAAUAGCGUUGAAAAAUAGAUAAAUAAAUAAAAUAAAAAGUAACGAAACCAUAUGUGGCGGCCGGUGCUGAAUCUGUGGCGCAUCGCCUCAAAUUAGUCUAUGUGUGGGAAACACUGUAUUGCCCCCAUCAGUUCCGGAAGAGUCGCAGCACCGAUGCUUAUGCUGGCGUCGGUGCUUACGGUGCUUCGAAAAAAUGGGCAUCGCCGGUGUUUUUUAAUUUUGGAAUCGAGAGGUAUCGCAAGUAUCGGUUCUCGUGACAUCCCUAAUGAGGAAGACCUGAGAGAAUGUGGCAUUGAUGUCACAGAAGCAUCAGUGUACUCAGGAGUGUGUACUCAGAUCUUCAGAGAGGAGUCUGGGCUGUACCAGGGGAAGGUGUUUAGCUUUGUGCAUCUGAGCAUUCAAGAGUUUCUUGCAGCUUUAUAUGUGUUCCUCUGCUUCAAAAACACAGAGACAAGCGUGUCUGACCAACAUCAAACCUCUCAGCUCUCUGCUCUGUUCAGAUCUGCAACACUGCAUGACCUACACAAGAAUACAGUGGACCUAUACUUACAAAUUGAAAACGGACACCUGGACCUUUUCCUCCGCUUCCUUUUGGGCCUCUCACUGGAGUCCAAUCAGAAUCUCCUAAUGCACCUACUGCCACAGACACAUAGUCAGCCACAAAGCUCAGAGCAAACAGUCCAAUAUAUCAAACAGAAGAUCAGAGAUCAAAUCAAUUCAAACAGCAUAAUCAACCUGUUCUACUGUUUGAAUGAGAUGAAUCACCAUGCUGUAGUUGAGGGCAUUGAGAGGAGCUCAGCUACUCUGUAUGUAUACAUGCUUGUACCAGGGCAGUGGGAGACUAGGAGAUUUACAUUUCAGAUUCCAGAAGAGCGGCUGGAUGAGUUUGACCUGCAGAAGUACAUAAGGACACCAGAGACUGAUCAGACUGAACUCCUCAGUCCAGAUGAAGUUCUUCAGAGGCUGGUUCCAGUGGUCACAUCAGCACUGCUGAUUGGUUGUUCCCUCACAGAGAAGACCUGUGCUGCGAUAGCGUCAGCUGCCAGAUCAAACUCCUGCAGUUUGAAGGAGCUGAACCUGAGUCACAAUGAGCUUCAUGAUGCAGGAGUUCAGCAUCUCUCAGAGCUCCUCAAGAAUCCCCACUGCAAACUGGAGAAACUAAGACUGCGGCAGUGUUUCCUCACAGAGAAGAGCUGUGCUGCGAUAGCGUCAGCUGCCAGAUCAAACUCCUGCAGUUUGAAGGAGCUGGACCUGAAUUACAAUAAGCUUCAUGAUGCAGGAGUUCAGCAUCUCUCAGAGCUCCUUAAGAAUCCCCACAGCAAACUGGAGAAAUUAGUAUUGGAGAAAUGUUCCCUCACAGAGAAGAGCUGUGCUGCGAUAGCGUCAGCUGCCAGAUCAAACUCCUGCAGUCUGAAGGAGCUGAACCUGAGUGACAAUAAGCUUCAUGAUGCAGGAGUUCAGCAUCUCUCAGAGCUCCUUAAGAAUCCCCACAGCAAACUGGAGAAAUUAGUGCUGGUGCGGUGUUCCCUCACAGAGAAGAGCUGUGCUGCGAUAGCGUCAGCUGGCAGAUCAAACUCCUGCUGUUUGAAGGAGCUGAACCUGUGUUACAAUGAGCUUCAUGAUGCAGGAGUUCAGCAUCUCUCAGAACUCCUCAAGAAUCCCCACUGCAAACUGGAGAAUCUAAUACUGUGGGAUUGUUCCCUCGCAGAGAAGAGCUUUGCUGCGAUAGCGUCAGCUGCCAGAUCAAACUCCUGCAGUUUGAAGGAGCUGGACCUGAAUUACAAUAAGCUUCAUGAUGCAGGAGUUCAGCAUCUCUCAGAGCUCCUUAAGAAUCCCCACUGCAAACUGGAGAAAUUAGUACUGAGGGAUUGUUCCAUCACAGAGAAGAGCUGUGCUGCGAUAGCGUCGGCUGCCAGAUCAAACUCCUGUAGUUUGAAGGAGCUGGACCUGAACUUCAAUAAGCUUCAUGAUGCAGGAGUUCAGCAUCUCUUAGAGCUCCUCAAUAAUCCCCACUGCAAACUGGAGAAACUAGGAGUGAAUGGUCGUAUCUUCCUAAAGGACAUUCCAGCAGCAGCCUCUGCUAGCAGCUCCCACUCAGAUGCUGCAGAGCUGCACCUCAGGGACAAAGCCCAGCAGGACCCAGGAGCACAGCUGCUCUAUCUGGAAACUCACACGGAGGAUCACCACAAUGAUGCCCCACAGAGUAGCUGUGAAUCCUGUGCUGAAGUUCCAGACUCCAGCCACUGGGUCCUGGUGAAGCCUGAAGUCUCCACAGAGAAGAGCAUCUCCACCUACAGCCUGAGCUCUCCUGCAGGGAGCUAUGAGUGCUCAGAGUCUGGUCUGCGCUGGACAUGUGCUGGUCCAGUCUCUCUGCAGUUCCGCUUCAUGGACUGGCAUCUCUUGGCUGAUGAGCUUCCCCACAUGCAGUACAGACCAGCUGGCCCUUCAAUGGACAUCAAGCUCAUGUCAGGAGAGCUGGAGGAGAUCCACCUGCCACAUUUUCUCUGUUUGGGAGGUAGCCAGUCUUCUCUGAAGGAUGCUGUGGAGGUUCUGCAUAAGCAAGACAGUGGAGUGUUGAUAGAGAAGUGUGAGCUGAGUCGCUUCCAUGCCAGGCUGGUGAACCCCUCGUUUUCUCCUAUUGGGCUUUUCUAUUCUUUCCUAUAUCGUUUGAUCACUGGAAAGAAGCCGGUUGAGGUCCAUGCAGAUGUUCUGGUCUAUCAGAGCAGCAGAGUACCCUGCAUUUUCCGCACAUACCUGCUGCCUGUGGAUACCCAUCUCACAGAGUUAGUGGAGAAGCAGGAAAAAUCUGAGGGAUUCAGAGGGUGCAGACUCCCCAAGCCCCGGCCUGUGAGACCUCUGCAGAUGAAUGGGUUCUACGCUUUGCACACUGGCUGCUUAAAGACUGACUGCUCAAAGACUGACUGCAAUUCCAAAAUCUGUCCAGGAGGGCUAGAUCUCGCAGACAGAAAUUGUGUUCCCAAUUUCUUUGAGGUUCACAUGAGGGAGACUGUGGACUUCAAGAUGGAGCUCCUCAGCUCUGUAGACAAACAGCAAGUCUGGGAAGCAGGGAUCUUGGCCACUGAAUGCUGGAACAAUCCCCAGCAGGACAAUGUGAACACCUCUACGGAAGUUCCUGUCUCUGCACUCCCACAAACUGCUAACAUCCGGACCCCUGUGGAAGUGUCCACUACCAGCACAGAGGAGAUGCCCUCUGGCUCCUCUAACCCAGUCCAGCCAGCCUCAGUCUCGUCCUCCGUUACGGCUCACACUGGUGGAGUUGCUGUGUGUCCUAGUCUCUCUGGAAAUACCUUCUAUGGACCAGUAUACAUGUCGCCAAAAUCAGAUCACAUUCCACCAAAGUGAACUCCAAGAUGUUGCUGAAACUACCCUUCAUCAUGUUGCUCUAUGUGCCAAUAAAAUAAAGCUCCAGUCUAGUAGCACUCAGGUUUCCUAUUACACACUUUUGAAGACAAAUAAAUUGAAUGUGUCUAAUGUUUAAAGGCUUAAAGUUUCAGAUGUUAAAGAUUUGAAUGUAAAUAAUUAUUUAUAGCAUAUUAAUUAUGUAUAAACUUCCGAAUGAACUUUAUUCAUCUUUAUUCUAAGCCCCAUUAUAGGCUACUAUUUGAAAUAUGCCACAGGCUUAGUGAAUUCAGCAAGGAUUAUUAACAAGGUGUUGUUUUGUUCUGCAACUAUUGUUUGUUUGCCUAAUUUAUGUAUAUGUCUUAUUUUUUUAACUUCAAUAAAUAAACCUGCAGAUUAAUUUAA